CAAUCAACAGCUGCUAUAGCCAUCGCAUGUGAUGUGGACGUCGAUUUAUUUCUAGCAGAUACCGGACUCCAUGACUUUCAGAUACCAUAUACAGUGGAAACGGACAACGACGGAGUGGGCACAAUGAUGUUCGAGUCUGAGGUUCACAGCAGGCGCCAGGGUCGAGAGCCCCCACGAGGUCCAGAAACAACAGUGCCUGUCGUCGACGAUCCAUCCGGCAAGACACGAGCAAGUGCAGAGGAGACUACCAAACGUGGUUGCUGGUCUUGUAGACUGCGUCGGGUAAAAUGUGAUGGACAGUCGAGCACUCCGGGAGAGUCCUGCGCUAAUUGUCGCCGCCGGCAUAUCGAAUGCAUUGGCUGGGGUCCCAAGCGCCCAGCAUCGACGCGGGAUAAAGAAGCCGUUUCCGCGUACAAGGCUGAGAUGAAGAAAAAUUCCGCAAGCGCGGGUCUGCUUCGUGGGCAAGCACGAUCAGCGAGAUCCGUCCGGCACAGCUCCAUGCUGAUAUCGUCUUCCACGAUGUCUGGUAGUAGAGUACAAUCGGACAAUGAUGAGCAAUAGUCGUCCUAAACGAUAAUCUUGUUCAU